AUGUGUAUCAGUAAAAUAGAUUCCUCUUUUCUAUUGCAGAUCAGAAUUGCACUCAAGGAGUGGCUUGAAGUUCAGAGAUUUCAACAGGAUCUGAUAAAUGCCCAGCAUUAUGAUGCAGCAUACAUAUUUAGGAAGCUGAGACUAGACAAAGCAUUUCACUUUACAGCAAUGCCCAGACUACUGUCCUUCAGAACUAAGAAAAAGAUGCGGGGAACUGAACUUAAAGAGGAAUUUAAGGAGCUAAGUAACCGAGUAAGCAGGCUCAUCACUAAUGAUGUGUUGGAGGAAAUGAUGAAUGUUCAUGACCACUAUCAGAAAAUGAAGUGUUUGAUCUCCACUGACAAAUCCCAGCCGGACAAGGCUCUGAGCUUGAUAAAGGAUGAAUUUGUAAUUAAUAUUAAGAAUACGAUUUUGGAAUAUCAGCAAUGGCAACAGGACAAAAUGAAAUCCUCCUCAAAGGCUAAAGAUAGUGAAGAAAUGACUGACAAAAAGGAAGGAGGGACUUCUCAAGACUCAGAAGGUUCUGAAAGAGCAAAUGCACUGGCUAAAAUCAAAUACAAGUCCUAUAAUGCAGUUGCUGAGGCCUCCAAAUCAAGAAGGCACCGUCAAGUUAAACUAGAAUCUUCUGAAUCUGGGUCUGAUCAGGGAAAAAUGAAAACCCCCAGGUGUAAAAGAAGCAGAGAGAGGUCACAGUUGACACAGAAGAGAAACUCAUUGGAAACCAAAGCAAUAAAGAAGGAAGCUGUUACUCGGAAUCGUAGGAUGCCUGUAAUCACAGAAGAAGAGAAUUCCAGUGAAGAAGAUCUUCCACGUCCUAAAAGGAAAAGAACCCGUUAAGAAAGGAUCAAGUUGAAGAAUUUCUUAUAUGAAUUAGACUGUUAGAUUUUGUUAUGGUCAAAUAUAAAUGUCUAAAACAACUUUGUAAAUGAUUUGAUUUGGUCAUCUCUAUGCAGGCAUAUCAAAUGAAGUCACAAAGCAAAAAUUACUCCUACUAGAACUACAGGUUAUGUGGAACUGUAAAUAGUGACUUCGGUAUAUGUUGUGUAAUGGUACAACCCAGGUGAAGGUAGAGUGGAAUGGAAACUUUUUCUCCCAAAAACUAAAUUGUAUAUGUGUCCUUGUACCUGUAUUGGAAAUGGUGAGGGGCAGAGGGCUGCUUUUUUGUUUUGUCUAGCUUUUGCCAUGAGUUGACAUUUAUAACUCAUUCCCAUUUAAUACAAAUAACUAUCUUUUAGCAGAAUCUACUAAAAGAACACUCCGAGUAUGUACACUAUAUGGAUGACUAUUUUGUACGUGUGUUAUCAGUACUCUUACAACCUCUGAAUGUAACUAUUAAUUUUGUAAUGUUAGUGACCAUUUAAGAUUACUAAGUGCAAUAAAUGAUUUUUUUACUAA